CCAAUAAAAUGUUCAUUGUGCUCAUUCACUUGUAAUACAGACAUUCACAUGAAACAGCAUGUGCAAGAUGGCCACGAACAUCCAUCUUCCUGCACUCUCUUUCGUUGUAAACAAUGUAAAACAAACUUUGAUGACAAAGAUGCAUUCGAAACUCACCUCUCUCACCACACGGGCAAACACACAAUUCGUUAUUACACCUGUCCUUACUGUACGACAAUUUCAAACAACAUGGAAACAAUUGAAAACCACAUCGCAGAGGCUCAUCAUGCCCCCGCCUUUCCAUACAAGUGUGGCUACUGCACGUUCGGAGCUGUCGAAGGGGGUAAGGUGAAGAGGCACUGCAAGGUCGUGCAUCCAAAUAAACGGGAGAUGUGUAAGCAAUGUUCCUACGCCAGCAGUACUGAAAUUGAUGUCAAGUAUCACCUGCUGUCCUCGCAUUUGAACGUCAGGCCAUACAGUUGUCCUCACUGCCAUUUUAAUUUAAAACAACCAAUUGUUAUUCAAAAUAACUCCAAACACAAUUCAAUCCCUCUCCGAUCCGGAUCCAAAAUCUACAAAUGUCCGGAAUGCUCCUACACUAACAUCAGCCUAAAAUUAGUGAGAGGUCACAUGGUCAAGCACGGACCCCACCGUCUCAAAUGUGCCUACUGCGACUACAAGGCCCACUAUCCGAGUCGAAUUAGGAAGCACACAAGACGACAGCACAGCGAU